AAAACAUGUCUUUGUACUUCUGCUGUACACUUGUUUCUUUCCUCUUUCAUUCAAUUCAACUACUUUUUCUUCUUUAUCUGCAAAAAGCAAACAAACAAACAUGAAAAAACACAUUCAACAACAAACACAAAGAUAGUGGAGAUAGUUGAGAAUGAGAUGAAAUUGAUACUGCAAUAUCCAUUUUCUUCUUCUUGUGUGGGUCAUAGUUGACUUUAACAACUUACCAACACCACAUAAAAAAACAAAGAAUUAAGAAGGUUCAUUUUCUCUUCUCAUCAGAUCUUACAUGUCAAUUAAGGCAGUGAAAGCUUGAGAGAGUUUUGUUUCUUGUUCUUUUCCAACCAGAAAACUGAAUGAAAUCGGAAUUUCACUUUGAGAUCGAAAUCCGGUUUUGUACUGCCAUUGCCCGUUAGUUACUAAACUGAAGAAUGUCUAGCGAAUCAGCUCCCAAACCUCGAUUUGUAUUAUGUCCUAAAUGCAGGCUGCUGCUUCAAGAGCCUCAAAAUUUUGACGUGUACAAGUGCGGUGGAUGCGGCACGACCCUUCAAGCUAAGAAACGAAAAAGCAGAGCUGCAAAUUCAGAAUCCAGUUCAAACGAGACUGAUGCAGCUGCUCCUAGAAAUGCAUCAGAUCUUGUUUCUGGUGAUAAACAAUACAGCAACGGGGAGAAGCUAGUUAGUCCUCAAAAUAAUGUUUCAAUAGAAAAAGCAUCUGAUUCUUUGUCUGUAGAUUCUUCUUCAGAGGGGAAUGAAGGAAGGAAUCAAAUUGAAAAUAGUGAAUGCAAUGGGAAGCAGCCGGUUACUACUCAGGAGAAUGGUUCGAGAGAAAAAGCUUCUUUCUCUUCCUCAGGAGAAUGUUCUUCAGAGGAAAAUAUUGAAAGGGGUCAAAUUGAAAAUGGUGAAUGCAAUGAAGAGAAAACAGUUAAUUCUCAGGAGAAUAUUUUGAGGGAAAAAAUAACUAGCUCUUCCUCCGGAGAAUGUUCGUUGGAUGGAAGUGGUGAAAGGGGUCAAAUGGAAAAGGGUGAAUGCAAUGAAGAGCAACCAGUUAUUUCUCAGGAGAAUGAUUUGAGGGAAAAAGCAACUAGCUCUUCAGAAGAAUUUUCAUUGGAUGGAAAUAGUGGAAGGAUUCAAAUUGAAAAUGGUAAAUGUGAUGAAGAGAAGCUUGUACCAUUUAAUUUAUCAGAUGAAGAACCAGAAGAUGAGGUGGAUAUCUAUAAGUUAUCAGACAUCAGAAGGCAUACAGUGUCCAACAGAGGUUACUCAAAUGAGCUCCCACAGGCCUCAGCAGAAGUGAUAGCAGACAAUUCAGUUGAAAAAGAAAAUGAGACUAACUUGAAACUAGAAGAGCAAAUCAAUGGAAACAUGCCAUUAGAACAAACAGGAAAUCGGUUAAUUAGUGCACUUGACAGUGCACCCAAUAAUGCAGACUUGAAAGAAUUAAAUGGUGAAAACUUGUCAUUACAAAGAACAGAAGAGGACAUUGGUGGAAAUGCAUGUACGGACGAAAGGUUGAGUACUGAGAACUUUGCAUCUGAAAAAGGAAACAUUUCAUAUGUUUCUCGGCCUGAACUUAAAGAAGGUACAUCUGAUAAUCAUGCAUAUUCUCCCAAACAUAUUCGACAUAGCUUUGACGGUUUAAGGUCAGCGGGUACAUUUGACAGUGCAGAAGUGAAUAAUCUGAGUUUGGAGAUUAAUGGUGGGCUUGGAGAAUUGUCUAAAUCUCCAACAACUAGAAGUUCUCAUGCUUAUGACGGCAGUGUCUCUUCUAACGAUGGAAUGGAUGAGCAGUUCCUCGGUCAAAAUUUAUAUUCUUUUAAGGGAGGCUCGAGAAAGGGAAAAGGUGCUGUUAAAAGUAGCAUGUUAUAUGAAGAUGUUGAAAUGCGAAGUCAGUCGAAUUUUCCCAAUAGAAUGUAUCAAAAUGAGGUUCUGGAGACCGAUAGAGGUGAUCAUGCAAAUCGGAUGCGAACAAAAACUGACGAGUUUCCGUUUCCAUACAAAAUGCCUCUCCAUGGAAGCAGUCCCCACUCUGGCUAUGAAAGUGGAAGUCCAUCAAAUCAAAUAUACAAUGAACUCUACCUCAGUUCAAGCUAUGUUUCACCCGACUCCGUCGAGGACCCUGACCAGGAGAAGAUGAAACUGUUGAGAAUGGUUUAUAAGUUGCAGGAUCAGCUCAACAGAACCAACCAUGCAAACAAGGAAACAAACGAAAGACUCUCUGCGCGAAACCAUAUUUCUUCAUACCAAAGCGAUGAUUCACACGAAGGGAGAUUUUAUCAUGGUUUGGAUUACCCUAGGGGGGAUGCAAAUGCAAGCUAUAGUCAUGGCAUCAACAUGCACCAAAGGCGGCAUAACUUUUCGCAUGUACCUUAUUCAACCGAGCCAACAAGCAAUGCACACCAUAUUGAUCAUCCUUAUUUCAAUUGUUGUCCUCAAGAGGGGCAACACGUGGGAGAGUUUCCUCUGUGCUUUCCUUACCAGCGUGAAGAUUUGUAUCGGCCUCAUCCAGUUCAUAGUCGUUGCUUAUCUCAGCAUUCUUAUCCUUCAAGUCCGCAAUGGUUAAUAAACUCAAAACAUGUUCACGGCCGUGAAACAAAAUCUUGUGAUCAGAGAUACAGGGCUACCGAGAUGAACUAUACUAGAACUAGGGACAAGCCGAGUUUUACUAAGCGACAUUACCGGCCAGUAGCAGGUGCAGCACCGUUUGUCACUUGUCAUAAAUGCUUAAAUCUGCUGCAACUUCCCGCAGAUUUUCUCCUUUUCAGAAGAGUAUGUCAUAAGCUCAAAUGUGGUGCUUGUCAAAAAGUACUUAAAUUUUCUCUCCAGAACAAAAGUCAUAUAAUUUCUUAUACUCCAAAUGCUGUUGGACCACCAUCAAGUGACCUUGAUAUGAAAAACAAGCCAAUAAAUGGCAUCAAUACUCAGUCUGAACCUCAUGUUGCGGACCGCGUGUCAUAUUCCGAUGAUUAUGGUCAUUCUGUCAGUAAAAGCUAUUCCUCAGAAGGAGAUCCUGUUUCUGUUGCACCGUUGCACAACUUGCAUGAGGGUACACACGACAAUCCAAGUGUCUCUCCCAGUACCAUUGACGCUAUAACAGAGAAGGAGAAAACUGCUUCAAGAGGACCUAGCACGAGUAAGGCUCCAUCCAAUAUGUCAUCAGAAGGAGAGUCACCACAGUCACUGCCAAAACCUUCAGCACUUCAUCAACUGAUGGGUUAUGCCUCUCCAAGUCAAGUGCUAAGAGGUGCUCCAGUCUCUAAUGAAGGAAAAGAGGUCAUGAAAUAUAUAUUUGGGGAAGCGGGGCAUUAUUAUUGAUUAAGGUGGAACUGAUACAUUUUCUAACCGUCUCUGAGGGGAUUUAAACUGUCUCUUGAAUAUAACUCUUAUUACGGGGUUGAUACCUCGUGGACUUCCAACAGAGCUGAAAAUCGAGUUGAAGCUGGGAAUAUCAAGAAAGGAAUUCUUUUCCAAAUUUGAGUGAUGAAGCAUCUAGACAAAGGCUAUUUCAUUUGUUAAUUUUUUUUGUAACUAUAUGGUGUUUUGAACAAGGGCAAUAAGAGUGACUUAUUGCUCUUCAAAGUGUAUUUCAUUAUUCAAUUAUAUAAUAUUAUUUUAUAUAA